AUGUCUCUCAUUAUCACAGGAACAGGUCCCGUCCUUGUUACAGAAUCGCCGUCGGAGUAUCUCUGGACGCCGCAAGGCAGCGGAGGCGCCCCCGUCCCGCCGCUUCUCCAGGCCACCAGCAUCGUUGUCCUUGACUCCGUCAAGUCGGGCAACAGAGUGCCGACCAAGGACGUCUACAAACAGCUGCUGUUGCCCCUUCUGGACAGCUGGAACCUUUCGCACCGCUACGUUGCCACCACGUCGCCAGAAACUAUCCGCGAAGUGGCCGCCAGCGUCAGCGGCGCCCCUACGCUGCUCAUUUUAAUCUCCGGCGACACCACUAUCACGGAGCUCGUCAAUUCCGUCGCCAGAAACGCCACCGUGACGCUGCUGACGGUGCCAAUGGGCACGGGCAACGCGUUUGCGCACUCUAUCGGGCUGUCGACGCCGCUGGCAGCUGUCCACGCGCUCACCACGGGCACUACGCGCGCGCUGCGGUUGUACGAGGCCGUCUUUGAGCAGGGGUCGCAGCUGCUCGCGCAAGGGGGCGCGCAACCCGUGUCUAGCGUGCGGUUCCUCGUAGUUGGGUCGUGGGGGCUGCACGCGUGCUUGGUGGCCGACUCGGACUCGCCCGAGCUGCGCAAGCUCGGCAACGAGCGGUUCAAAGUCGCCGCGCGGCGCGUUCUCGAGCAAAACCCCGUGUUCCACGGCUCGUUCCGCGCAGACGGGCUUGCAGUGGAAAACCACGCCGCACUCAGCUAUUUUGUCGUCGCUGCCGUGCCGCGGUUCGAAGCAACGUUCGAGAUCUCGCCCGCUUCCGACCCGGCAGAAAAUGCGCUCCACGUGGUGUACUUCCACCACCAGCCCCCGGCCACCGUGAUGGAGAUCAUGGGCCAGGCGUACAACGCGGGCAAGCACGUCCAGGACCCGCGCGUCGGCUACCUUAAGGCGCGCACUGUCGAGCUGGAGAUCCACGAGCAGGACGCCCGUCUGCGCCGCAUCUGCGUCGACGGCCUGAUCGUCCAGCCCGCCGGAUCCAGCGUGCUCUUCCGCUCCGUCGAGUCCACCAACCUGCAAUACAUAUCGCCAAAUAAGAAUUAA